CAUUUUCCACCCGGUGGAUGUCAUGGGGCAAAUCUGUGGGCCUGGUGUCCUCUGCGAUUUGGUGCCGGGAGGAGAACGCAAGUCCAGUGAUGAAGCCACACGUAAAGUGGACCAGUUGGCUCUGGAGUUGCGGAUGCUGAAGGAUGAGAACUAUCGGAUCAGGGAGGAGCAACUGCGCUUGGAGAAGGAACUGAAGGCGCGGUCUUCGUGGCACGGCUCGACCGGGUCGACCGGGCGCCGCAGUUUGGCGCCGGCGCCUGGCCAGUCGGGACGUGGCCGUGAGGGCCGUGAUGAGGCAGAACGGCUCGGCCGCUUCACAUCAGGCAACGUAGGACAAGGGCAAGCAAACCAAGCAGGACCACCAGGAGGCAAAGGGUGCGAAGAUCAUCAACUGAUGUACAUGAAGGAAGUGAUUCGAAGCUUACAGGCAGAGAAUACACGUUUGCGAAAGGGGGAAACAUCUGUCAGCGCUUCACCCACAGGUGUGACGGAGGAAGAAUAUCGGCGGCUGGAAGGGCAGCUUCGAAUGCUUCAGCGACAACAUGGUCGCAUGCAGGCCGCGGGUUCUGCUGGAGUGUCUACCGCUGUCUCGGGCGUCUCUACCCCGCUGUCAUCUUUCGGGGAGGAUCAGCGUGCGAUGCGUGCGCUGGCUGGGCACUAUGAGGCCCUUCAACGAGAACAGCAAGAGCUGCGAAACAAGGUUCGUCGCUUGGCCCGUGGCUAGUUGUGGCGAAUGCAGCGCAGGUCUCACACCUCACGACCAAAGAGCGUGGGGGGAAGAAAAAGAUGUCAGGCGUUUCAAUGGGAGUCUAC